UCCUCUGUCUCGUGCGCCUCUGAGCGCGGGAUCUAGGGGUUUUUUGCCGUUAAAGCCUCCGCGGGUUUUUUUUCACCGCAGCAAAAGGAGAAAAAAAAGCAGGAGCGCGGCUUUCUGCUGAUGCUGCAGUGUCCAGUCUUCCCAGUUCUCCCCAUCAGACUGGGAGCUUUAUAUCUUGUUUUUCUCUGCACCAGUCUCCGUCCUCUCCCUCCUUCAUCUCCAGCAUGAUUUUACCAAAUUGUCAGUCAGGAUUUUUGCUGCUGAGCUGCGGUUUGAAGCCGUCUGAAGCCUCCUCCUCCUCCUCCUCCUCCUCCUGCGGGCUGCUCCGAUCGACGCUGAAAACCUACACCAAGAGGAUACGGAUGUUGACCAAGACAACAUAGUCUAUUAAUUUUUCAGAGAUACUGUAAAACGAUAUCAGUAUUAAACCCAAGUGGGGAAAGGUGUGCGCUGGUGAGGACAUUCCUUCCAUCCGCUGCUCUCCAGCUCAGCUCAGGUGACGAAGCAUCGCUGAGAGAAAGAUGUUCAGCUCGGAGAUGAUGAUGAUGAUGAUGGUGGUGGUGAUGAUGAUGGAGAAGGAGGCUCUGCACAGCUCGCGGCCUCAGUAGAGGCUUCCUCACUUCGACCUGCUGUCCUUCACCUUCACGCCGCUUCCUCUUCCUGUCCUCCACCCGCCAGGAAGGAUGACCGUGGUGUCCACAGAGAACAUGGACGAGACCUCCACCCUGCCGGGACACCCGCAGGACCCCUACCCGCCCGACGACGACCACGACGACCACGACUGCUGCGAGCGGGUGGUCAUCAACAUCUCGGGGCUGCGCUUCGAGACCCAGCUAAAGACACUAGCCCAGUUCCCCGAGACUCUCCUCGGGAACCCCAAGAAGAGGAUGCGCUACUUUGACCCUUUACGAAACGAGUAUUUCUUCGACCGGAAUCGCCCGAGUUUCGACGCCAUCUUGUAUUAUUACCAGUCAGGGGGACGGCUAAGAAGACCGGUCAACGUGCCGCUGGAUAUGUUCUCAGAGGAGAUAAAGUUUUAUGAACUUGGCGCGGAGGCCAUGGAGAAGUUUCGAGAGGAUGAGGGAUUUAUCCGGGAGGAGGAGCGGCCCCUGCCAGAGAAGGAGUUCCAGCGGCAGAUCUGGCUCCUCUUUGAGCAUCCAGAGAGCUCAGGACCCGCCCGGGGAAUCGCCAUCGUCUCAGUGAUGGUUAUUCUUAUUUCAAUAGUUAUAUUUUGUUUGGAGACAUUACCAGAGCUGAAGGAGGAUCCCAGCCAGCGGAUGCGCCAGAUCGGGAACACCACCGUGUUUUACAAAGCAAAUGUCCUCACAGACCCUUUCUUCGUGGUGGAGACGCUCUGCAUCAUCUGGUUUUCAUUUGAGUUGAUAGUCCGGUUUUUCGCCUGUCCCAGCAAGGCGGCGUUCUUUAAAAACAUGAUGAACUCUAUUGAUAUUGUGGCUAUAAUCCCGUACUUCAUCACACUUGGAACAGAGCUGGCCGACGACCAAGACAACAAGGAGGGGAAGGGAGGAGGGGAACAGGCCACAUCUCUGGCUAUUCUCAGGGUAAUCCGUCUUGUGAGGGUGUUCAGGAUCUUUAAACUGUCCCGACACUCAAAGGGGCUCCAGAUUUUGGGGCAAACUCUAAAGGCGAGCAUGAGGGAGCUGGGCUUGCUCAUUUUCUUCCUCUUCAUCGGUGUGAUUUUGUUCUCCAGCGCUGUCUACUUUGCCGAGGCCGAGGAGAAGGAGUCGUUCUUCACCAGCAUCCCGGAUGCUUUCUGGUGGGCGGUAGUGUCCAUGACCACUGUCGGCUAUGGGGACAUGUACCCCGUGACCAUCGGGGGGAAGAUCGUGGGCUCGCUGUGCGCCAUUGCCGGAGUGUUGACCAUUGCACUCCCGGUGCCUGUCAUUGUGUCCAACUUCAACUACUUCUACCACCGGGAGACGGAGGGUGAGGAGCAGGCCCAGCUGCUCAAUGUCAGCAACCAGAACUUGGCGUCGGACACCAACUCGAGCCGCCGCAGCUCCUCAGUGGUCAGCAAGUCGGAGUACAUGGAGAUAGAUGAGGACAUGAACAACAGCAUCGAUAACUUUAGGGAAGCGAACCUUAGGACUGCCAACUGCACGGCUCCCAGUCAGAACUGUGUGAACAAGGGGAAGCUGCUCACCGACGUGUGAGGCAGCGUCCGACGCACCAGUGUAAAUAUUGUAGAAAUAUCUGGAUGCUUUAUCUCCAUUGGUGCAUUUUAUUCUUCUUUUGCAUUGAAUCAUUCAAAACGUGUGUGAAGACUUUUCAGAGUUCAAGGCACACGUGGUAAAUUUAAGGUAGAAGCUCAGUUAUUUCAUGAAAACACAACGACAGACUUGUUUGGCAAUAGCGCAGAGAUCAGCAGGUGUCGGGAAAUGUUUUUGAUAAAUUAUUGACUCAAUCUGUACCAGUUUGAAAGAUGUUGGUGUUGAUGAAGCAGAAAGAGUAUUAAAAGACAACACUGCCGAUAUUUUGACCAUUCCAAAUUCACUAGCCUUUAUCAGACAGGAAGUGUCUAACAAAAGACAUUAUGGUCGAUAUGAAUGAGUUGCACUAUGGGAAAUGUAGGAACCAGUGCCCCGAAUUUCAGUCUCUGUCGCACCAAUUUUUACUGUUCUUUUAAGAUAUGUCUUGAAAGUGCUCCUUUAAUUGAUUUUUGUACCCAGAUGUGUGGACAUACAUCAGGUUUAGGCUGUUAAAGCACAACAUAAUUAUCUCUUAUAGGUCUCUUAAAUGUAAUUUAUAGAAUUACACCUGGGUUAAGAUGAAUUUAGAUGGAAAAAAAUCUUUAUUUGGAGCUUUUAAUGGCUACAGAUUGAUGCACAAGAGAGAAAGAUGGGAGCAAAUGAAGUCAUGUGAGAGUAAGACUUAGUUUGAGGGAGGGCAAAUUUAUUUGUGUAGCACCUUUCAACAACAGGAUUAAAAUAAAACGGAAGAUAAAAAUAAGUUGCAAGAAAGUGCAAGAAAUGAAGACGCAAUCCCAAAGUUAGCUCAGUGAAAGUCAGUUGCAAACAAAGGUUUGAGUUGACAAUAGAAAUUCAACAUGACUAAGCGCACUGGAACAUGAAGGCACAAUUAAUUUGACAUUAAUUUAUCCAAAAAUUUCCUCGACACCUUUUCGGCUUUGUGCAAUAGACUCGACUAAAAAAACAAAACAAAGCCCAACUGAGAUUUGAAGAACACGUUCGUGGACGACACAUUUUGAGUGGAUUACAGUUGAAGUUCAGGCGUGUUUUUCCGCGGCACAUCCAGGGACAUUUUGGGAAACUCGACGCCAGAUGUUGACGGAUGUUUUUCAGGCACCUUAUCAGAAACAAACAGGAAGUGUGCCGAGCCUUGUGGAGGAUUAUCUGCACUGCUGCUGCUGCUGCUGCUGCUACAGGUCGGCUGGAGGUUCCCUGUAUGAUGCCAUGCAACACUCCUUUAUAUAAACGCAUGUGGAGACUCUCUUCUCUCUUAUAUCGGCAUGCACAAGACGUUACCUCAUUUUUAUUUUUACAUUUUUUUUUUCUCUUCCUGGACCCUCAUCUUCUCCUCCUGGAAUUUUUUCCCUCAUUUGUUUUCACCAAAAGUGCACUGGCUAUUUAUUAUUAUUUAUUUCAAAGCAUUUACGUGUUGAAUGUUGAAGCAUUAAGGGAACAGGAACACUUCUUUUUCGAAGAUCAUGGCAUGUCAAAAUACUAAAGCAUUAUGGCCUAAUUAGCUAUGGUAUAGCUAUGUAUACUCAAUGCAUGACUACAGUAUUAAAUUGCUUGCAGUUGUGGAGGGACCUCGGGAGCUGGGGGAUGAUGAUGAUUCUCCUCAUUAUUGUCAAGCUAACGACAGGAUACGGUGCAUGACGGAGCAAACUGCCGGAGGGGACAAACCUGCUAAAAGAAAAAAAAAAUAAAAUAAAUAAAAACAAGGCAAAAAAAAAUCAGAAGAGACAUAUCCGACGAUCUCUUUAAAAAAAUGACACUUCAGAAAUAACAUCCUCCUUUUUCAUUUAUUUAAAGCUUUGAUCUUGAUGAUGGAGUGCAUGGGAUCAUUUUUAUGUGAUUUGUGACCCAAUUUCUUUUCUCUCUUGCAUUUGACUUUUAAACAGUUUGAAGAAGGAAAGCAGUAAUAUUUAACAAAUUUCAUAGAUAUAUCUAAAAUUAGUUUCUAGUGCCUUGAACCCCGUCUCAUUUUAGAAUUGACUAAAGUGCCUCCCGUUCCAAUAGACAGCAAAGAGCUUACUAUGUGCAGCUUAUCUUCUCCUGCCAUAAAGAUGCACUACUCCCUGCACACCUGGAAAAGAAGAGGGUAAUCGACUAACAUGUUUCGAUAAAGAUAUGAAUAUAUUCCAUAUUCUGGGGCCAGAUUACUGGGCCUGUGUAAACUCACGCUUGUCCUGGUUGAUGACACAUGGCUGCAGUGCACAGUGAGUGAGAUAGAGAAGUUAAAAUAUGGAUUAUUUGAACAAAAAUUCAAGAGAAACUCUGGUCUUUUGUUGGUCAGACACCUGCAGGUGCAUGAGUUUGACAUCCUUAAAGGGACGUUCCAGUAUUUUUCAACACAUUCUCAAAAUUGUGGCUGUUCUAACUGUGGGUCAUACUGAAGAAGAAACUAUAUUUACAUGCUUGUCUCCGAGUAUGAACAGAAAUAAAAACACAAAUUACCCUCCUGGGUUAGCUGUAGAAACAUUAGCUAACAAAGUAGAGAUCUAGCCUACUUAUGAUUCAGUUUGUCGGCUAGUUGUUAGCACCAGGGAUUAGCUAUUAGUAGCUAACUGCAUAGGUUUGGGGCAACUAAAUGGCUAACCUAGCUAGCAAACCAAUUAUCAAACUAGUGUGUCUCAAAUUGCACACUUCUGUUAGCACACUUCAAAGUAGUACACUACGUACGAAACUACGUUCUUGCAUGGUGCGAUUAUUUCAACAGCGUAGUGUGGUCUCAAAUCAUGCACUGCCAUUUUGCACUUACAAGAAGUGCCUCUUCUUCUUUGUCUUUUUUUUAAAUGGCAAAACAGAGGAGAAUUAUCGCCAACAUUUGACACCCACACUUGAACCAAACUUACACCACAGUGUCAGUGUUGAUUAACAUGUGCUGCUGUAUCUAGGAGUAGCUAGCAAAUGCUAACAGUAUCCAGCAGGCUAAGGGAAGCUUCCGCUAUGUCACAAAGAUGGCGACCCACUCAACUGCAUUUUCCCAUAGUAUGCAGUGUGGGCGCAUUUAGCGCACUUGUGCACUCAAAAUAUUAAGUGUUCGGUACAGAAGUAUGCGAUUUGAGACACACUGUUGGAGACAAAUGCUGCGUUCAGUAGAACUCAUAAGCUUGUGUUAAUGACAUUGGAAGUUGUGAAGUCGUGUGUAAAUAUGGUCACUUCACGUGAGCACGAUAAACAGGACCCCAUUUGAAUGCAGAAAUUAGCAUUACCAGGGAUUAGCCAUAAUAAAGGCAUAGGGUUGCAUUUAUGUGGCAACUAGACGAUUAACCAGCUAGCUGUUAGGUUAGCCAACAAUCUAUUUUUCAUCUACACUUAUCAAAACGUAUUUAUAAAUUCAUCGCCUAUAAAGCACUUAACAGAGGUAAACAGAUACUACAAUUGUUACUGUUUGGAUAAGCUAGUUAGCAACAGUAGCUAAAUCAGGGAGCUAAUCCUGCUGUACACAUUGGUUUGAAAUUUGAGACAAGUAUUUGGAAAAAUGUAUGUAUAAUUUAAGUUUAUUUGGAAACUUAUAGAAAACGUCUUACGCCCUUUUGUGUGUGUGUGUGUAUUUUCCAAAUUUUUACAACAACAAUGGUGUGUGCCAAGUUAGCAUGACCAAUUAGUCAGAAUGACCACAAUUAUGAGAAUAAUGGUGAAUUCCACUUGGACUGGGACGUCGGAAUUCCAAAGUUCCCAGUCGUAAACGUCAACUGGAACACUGUCCUGAAGUCACAUUUCCAACUGGGAAAGUCAGACGAACCUCAGCAACUCUGACCUAGCUAGAACUGGUAUUUCUUGGAAUACGGUCAGUUUGGGUGUGACGUCAGUCUGAGGUUGGAAAAAAUACCAGAAUUUCCCUUUAAAAGUUAAUGAGAUAGAUCAUGGAUAUCUAUGAUUUAUUUAUAUACUAUUGUGACUGGUCGUGAGCAAGAUUAAGGCAUAUAAUAAGGCUCAUUAUUUUCAGUUUUGUAAAAAAAAUAAUACAAAUAACAGAGAUACAUUUGCAGUCAGGAAUGUAGCCAAGUUUUUAUAAAUAAUAAGAUAAGUCCUACAUGUGUUUUUUGAAUGACGACUGUUUUUAUAGCCUGGUUUCAUUGAUUUAACUUGCUUUCACUGAAUCAUUUGCAGACAUUUUUUAAAGGCAACAAAUUGUCUUGUUGUUGGAAGGAUACAAUUCUGUUGAUAUUUUAUGUAUUUUUCUUUUCGUCAUCAGUCCCAUGUGCACACACAAACCAGCUAUUCUAAUUCCUCUAACCCACAAUCCCACUGGUUCAUACUGAACAUGUAGUGCGUCACAAAUAUAGGAAAUAGUGCAUUUGUUGGGGACUAUUUUCAGCAUUUGUGGCAGCAGGACAAGGUGUGUGGGGUUGAGUCAAAAUAAACUACAGUGUGUGUGUUCAUGGUAAUGAAGGCAGAUACAUCCACUGUUGAUUUGGGUCUGAACAUGAAGAAAAAUAUAUAAUAUCACCAGACUUAUCCUGUAAUGUAAAUGUACAAAAAUCCUCACAAGGCCUGAAUUCCCACUGAAAGUGAAACACACUGACAGGUUGAAAAACCCUCCUAAGAACACUGAGGGCACGACCUCAUUGUCUUUUAACGGCAGCUACAUCUCUGACUGCAGCAGGAAACAUCUCAAAGGACUCUCGCAGAUCUGCAGCACUGUCAGCAGCUCUCGUGCUGUUUCACUUUGUAUCAGCUGCCACAGCCAGAGGAGCAUGUUUACAACGUCCUCUGGCUGCUCCAAACACUGCCGUUUUCUGAUUCCUGGGACCAAAAUAUGCUGCUGAACAGUAGAUCUGCUCCUCACAAAAGAAACAGACACCAUCUGUUUUGAAAAUCUGAAAACAAUGAGCCUUACAUGUCCGCCUAAUGUGUCUCGCUGGGGUUGUUUUUAAGCAUCUGACCUGCUGUAUCUCCAUCAGAGUGCUUCUCAACACCAGCACUGCAGUGUUUUCAGUGCUUGGUUGAGGCUUACAUUGUCCAACAUGUCCUCACAUGAGGCUACAGAUAAUAGGGAGAAAUUAUGGGGGAUAUAUGUGUUCAGUUGUGGAUGUUGCUGUAGAGAGAUAAAAGAUGAACACGACCACAGUGGAAGCAGCCAGUGUUUCCUCUGCAGAGCAGCUGAACAUUACCACAGGCAUUAGUCACUCUGCAUGCCAGCAAAAUGGCGCUGCUGCUGCUGCUGCUGCUGCUGCUGUUUUGUUUUGAGGAGAGAGCACAUGGCUGUGUGAGGAGAAGGAUGUCUCUGCUGUGGUGCUUUCAUGAGGACACAGUGUUAGAGGACAACACGAGGACUGAUUGAUGAAUAUGGAUGAUGUAAAAAGCGUCCAACAGAAAAGAGGAGUGUUGACUCAGUCUGAUCUUGGCUUAAAUGUCACUCUGCAGUUCCCUCCUCCUCACUGCUGACACUUUAAAACUAAACUGUGAAGAGACUCCCGCACAAAAUUUGGGUAGUUUCGUGACCCUAGAAUAUAAUUAGGAGGGUGUUAAUCCCACAGAUAAUUAGAAGAUUUAACACAUUAAAACUGAUACAGUACUUGUAUUUCUCAGAGACAAACAUCUGAGAAGUAUCCAACCCAAAUGCCAGAAAGAAUGUUGGCAUUGUAUGUUUCCGCAAACUAUGAAUACAUCAUAUACGACGUUUCAUAUAUAGUCCCUGUCGCUGUAUGGUUAUGUUUAGGCACAAAACCCACUAGAUUAGAGUUAGGAAAUCUCCUGUUUUGGCUUAAAAUACCUACUUUUGUUGCCACAUACACAACCGGAAAUGUCUGUAAAUGUAAAAAAAAAAGAAAGAAACACCUGCUUUUGUCACCACAUACACAGCUGGAAAUGUCCCAGACUGUUGCUAAAAAAAUACCGGCUUUUGUUGCUUUAAACAAUAUUUGACGUGUCAUGAACUGCCAUGAAAAAGUACUGCUUUUUUGAUACAAACACGUUUGGAAAUGUUCCGACCUCUUGUUAACAAAAUAUCAGCUUUUGUCGCCACAAACACAGCCGGACAUGUCUCGAGCUACUGUUCAAAAAUACCUGCUUUUGUCGCUACAAACAAGGUUGAUAAUUUCUUAAACUCUCUUAAAGAAAUACUGGCCUUUGUUGUGACAAACAAGGACGGACACGUCCUGAACUCUCGUUAACAAAUACCUGCUUUUGUCGCCGCAAAAAUGGCUGGAAAUGUCCCAAAAUCUCUUUAAAAAAUAGCCGCUAUUGUCACUACAAACAAGGCUCAACAUGUCCCAAACCGUUGUUGAAAAAUACAACAACCUUUGGUUGGUACAAACCAGACUGGACAUGUCCCAAAAUGACACUUUUGUUGCUGCAGUCGUGGCUGGAAAUGCCUUGACCUCUUGUUAACAAAGUACCCGCUUUUGUCAUUCCAGACACCGUUGGACAUGUCCCAAACUGUGGUGAAAAAAUACAAGAUUUUGUCAAUAAAAACACAGUUGGACGUGUCCCAAACUGUCGUUGAAAAAAUACAGUUUUUGUUGUCACAGACAUGGUUGGAAAUGUCCCAAACUGUUGUUAAAGAAUACUCUACUAUAUAGUCUACUCCUGUCUUGCUGCUUGGUAGCCGUCCAGAUGUCAUGCCAUCCAUUCUUCCUUCUCCUGAUGAGAGACUCAGCUCAUACACAUGAAACGUACAAAUGUAUCUGUUCUUUGCAGAAACAUACAAUGCCACCACUUUUGUCCGGCGACUGGGCUGACCACAUGAUGAGUCUUGACUUAAUGAGCAAGUGAAAAUGACUGAAUGUAUCUCUGACACUUAGAUGAUUAAAGGAUUUAUCAUCCAAAUUCAGGCAGAAAAAAGCAGAAUCUCUGUUAAGAUGUUUUCAGUCUCAGGAUUCAGACCCUCAAAUGGAGGCAUUUUUUUCUUGUAAUGUGAGAGAAAUCAUUACAAUCAACUCUUCAGAGUCGUCCCUUCUCUCAUGUCUCCAUGUGACGUUGCUCAGUGUGGUUUCAUACCACAGUAUCCCCCAGUAUUGUUGUCCUUAGUGUGACAGCUUAUUCUGAGAGUGAAAAGGCCAAAACAGUUCUGCUGAUGCCAAAUGGUGAGAAACUGUGUGUGAUGUAUCACACUGAGUGUCAUUCAGGGAGUAUUUUGUUGAGUAGUUGUGUGCAGGUCAUUUGCAGUAAGAAGCGUGUCCUAAUAAGGAUCAACAGUGUUACAUUGUCUUUGUCUGAAAUCAACAGAAGCACAACAGAACUGCAACUUUUCGUCGAGCAGCUAAACAGCAGAGCCUCGUCUGAGUCAGUAGAUUUGUUACAUAAGAGUCUGCAGUUUUAUGUUGUUUUUUUUUUUUCAACCAAACACUAUGACAACUUAUUUAUUAAUUUAUUAAAGUGAAAUCAGCUGCUGUGGGAUUUGGUUUGGAUAAAAAGUCUGCAGACUCAUCAGCCAGUUUUAAACUCUUCCUUGCAACUUGGAGCUGAGUGUCAUCAGAGUGGAGCUCUGUGUAAACUCAAAGCUCUGCUCAUCCACCCACACAGCUGUUUUCACUUGCUUUACCUGAUUAGACCUCUUCUGAGGACUGUGUGGGCGUGUACCCGCCGUGCUUGAUUGACGGCUUGGACCAAUCGUGUUUAUGCACUGAGUUUGGUGACUUCAUGUUGAUCCUAGCUCUCCUAGAGGCCGUUUACACGUUGCCGGCUAUUUUCAUAAACGGACAUUUCACCGUCUCCGUUUUCACAAAGAUCUUCGUUUACACUUACCCGUGUAUAUAUACACAAGAGCAUGCCAAACCUGUAGGUGGCAGUGUAACGAGAAGCUCAAGCCUUCCAUGUAUCCAUUGUCACCAUAGCAACAUAGGUCGCACUUUUGACACAGGCGCAAGUUCCGGCGCAUACUGUGACGUCGACUGCCUAUAACUCCGUUUAUCUCCGUUUAUCUCAGUUUACACGCAAACGCGCAACCGGAGUUUUCCAAAAUCUCCACUCUGGCCGGAGUUUUUAGAAAGACUCGUUUUCAGAGGAGAAAUCUCCUUUUUCGUGUAAACGAAGGGCACAAACGAAGGAAGAUGUCUCCGUUUAUCAAAAUCACCAUGUACGUGUAAACGGCCUCCUAGUUCUGCCAAACCUCACUCACAGCAGACGUCCAAUCAGUCAUCAGAAUAAGUGAAAACACCUGUUUCUCUGACUUAGACACAGCUCCACCAAAUCCCCGAAACUCAUCAGAACAAAAACCUGACAGCUGGAGCUUAUUAAUCCAAUUAAUGGCUUUAAUUCAGUACACAGCAGGUCGAUAAACAGGCAGAAAUAUGACUCUUGGUCUGUUCAAAAAGCUGACUCAUCAGCAGCUGCUGCUCUGAUCACCUGCAGUUUGAUACAGUUUGACAUGUUUGCUGGUUUGGGACUUUGUUAGGGGCCGUGCACAUGCUGUGUCUUUAACCGCAAGGAAGACGUGAGGUGCUGGGCGCUACUCUUGUCUUUUCUGUGCCAACUUUCAAGGACACGGCGGCACGUUGUAUCUGAGGUUGCUUAGCAACCUUAACAAGCACUGUAUCACAGCCUGUUUACCUGAAAUCCUGAGUGCAGAGCUGAUCUUCUUUAUAAGUGUGUGAGGCCAACAAUAUCUUCUGUGGGACAGAUGCUCUGAAACAAUCAAUUUCUUCUCCAUAUUUAUCACAGACUGAUAUUAAUGGAAGAAGGGAAAGAUAUCUGUCGGCUGUGACUGGUUGCUCCUCGUCACAUGACAUGCAGUGCGCACUGCUGAGCUCCAAAAGCUGAACUCAGUUUCUCCCAUGGCGCAGCUGUCAAGCCCUGAAAAGCAGGUGCUUGGGAACGCGUACGCGCCAUUCUGGUGUUUGAGUGCGCCUGCCACGCGUCUACAUUGAAAACAAUGAAUUUGAGGGUGCAAAAAACAUGGCAUGUGUACGGCCCCUUGGACAUUACAUCAAGUCUGAACACUGUACUGUAACAGCCCAAUCUUCUGCAAACCAUGAAAGUGUCACAUUUGCACGUUACUUUGUUGCUGAUACGUUAAAACUUUAGGUUUCAUCAACACUGUGGUUAACAUCUGGUUAUGUUUAGGAACAAAAAACCACUUGGUUGUGGUUCUGAAAAGAUCAUGUUUUGGCUUAAAAUACCCAGUUGUGGUGGCACUGCUCCUGCUGGAAAAGCACUGAUUUCUUGGAAAAGCAAAAACACUUUUCAUGCAACUAACCCAGCAGAAAAAGCAGAGACUGGUUACUAUAAAGCUGCUGGAAAAACAGCAAUGUAUCGCUAAAAAUCAACUGGUUUUGUUGUUUGUAGGUUUCGAACAGUGGACUGCUGCUUGGCAGGCGUUUUGCUGUGACAAGCCACUCACUACGUCACUUUAGAAACUUUGAAAUGAUACGUAUGAAACGUGCAAAUGCUACGUAUUAAUGGUUUGCAGAAACAGUUUCCUCUGGUUGAUGAUAAAUCUGUAAGACUGACCCAUGUUUAUCAGCAGUGUGCCUCAUAUCAUGAUGAUUUUAUCGAUCCUAAAGUGCUGUUUAAAUCUGAGCUCUUGAAGUAUUGUAUUGUUUUUGUGCAUAAAAGUAAUUUUACGUACAAAAAAGGUUACCAGGAUCAUAGUUUGUUUUAAUUUGUGCUUCCAAGGUGACAAACCCACAUCAUGUGAACAUGAGCAGGUUUACUGUGUGCAGAUCCUCAGCUCUGGCUCCAUGUGUGCAGCAGCUGCGUGUCAUCAACCAGGCAGAUUAAGGCUCGUUUCAGAAACCGCUGUUGAAGGUGUGAAGAAAAACUCCCUUUAAUUAACGUUUCAGUGAAAAUACAUAAAAGCUAUACGAAGGUGCUACGUGUUAAACAUGCAGUCGGUCCGAGGGAGCAAAAUUACAAACUUCACAACUUUUUAUUUUUAAGAAGAAAAUCACAUAAAAAAAGUAUGUUUGAAAUUAGUUCUAUGAAGAAACAACAUCAGGGUAGCUGGUAGUCUUGUGGUUUUAAAUUCUGUUUGUUCAUACUCGUAGUGUUUUUAGGCCAAAGUUUGAGACAUAUCUGCACCACGAAGGGACCAAAUGAAGUUUUUUAGUUUUGUUUUUUUUCAUAUCAUUAGAGCAGCUGAACAGACGGAUGAUAAACAAUAGAAGUCUUUUCCAGACUGUGGCUCAUUAUGUCUGAAAAAAAAAAGUGACUCUGUGUUGUUAUUUUUAUCUUUUUUGUUUGAUAUGCAGUUAACACCUUUCCCUACAAAUUAAAAUCCAUUUUUAUAUAGAAACAUUUAAUAUGAUUUAGUUUACAAGCUUCAAACUGCCAAGUCCAAAAUUUAAUUUCCAGAUGAUCACAUGAUUGAUCUUCAGUCAGCUGCAUAUCAACAAUUUCUGUUCACAACAGGCUGUUUGGUUUAAUUCUCUUAUAAUAUUCUGUGACUGCUGACAUAAACCAUCAAUGCAGAGUUUCUCAACCUUCACAGGACAUUUUUUAUGACUCAUGUAUUUGAUUUAUCUUUACCUAAAGCAGCAUUAAUUGUGGCGCUGCACAGAUGGUGACAAUUCUCUGUUGGUUUAUGAGCUCACCACAUAUUAUCAUUUACCACACUUUUAAUGUAAAAAUAUUGAUGCACACAGCUUUAAACUAAAAUACUGCAUGAUUGUGAUCCACUUGGAGGAACGUAAAGCAGAUUACUAAAUUAUAUUUUUUUCUCUGAAUCUGACUCUGUUAAGCAAAAGGAAGUUAUUUAAGUGACUGUACUCAACAUUUGCUCGUUUAGCAAAUCAAAUACUUCGAUUUCUUAGAAUCAAAUUUUUGAUUUUAAUCUCAAUUUUAUUUUCUAGUUGUUUUUUUUUUAAAGACUGUUGAUCAGACAAAAUAAGCCCUGUUCAACGUUUAUAAUGAGCGUUAUUGUCUUUAAUUAUUUUUGUUUUGUUUUCGUCUGUCUAUCCAUCCGAUUUUUAUGAAUUUCUUUAACUUUGGCACAAACGUUCACUUUGACUCAAGGAUGAAGUGAUUAGAUUUAAGGUCAAGGUCACUGUGACCUUGCAUCCAUCUCAUUAAAAGUGUAAAAAUGAAGUUUGAAAGCUUCAUUCUUGACACCUGGAAUAGUUAAUAAAAUAUUGUGUAUGCUCAGUGUCCAUUGACAGAUUAAGAUUUUAUGAUUGAUUAAACUUUCCAAGAAGAACGAGCUUUCAUUGUCACUGAAUUAUUCAUUUUCAGCUCCAGAAUUUCAGUAGGAAUUCAACAACAACAACAACAACAACAAAAUCUUACAUUACCAGCCUGUAAAUUAUAUUUCUGGUUACAAAAAUAGAUCAGUUAAACAUUUAAAAAUAAAGACAGUUCAACAUCAUCAGUUCCCAAAGUCCAAUUUGAUGUCUGAAAGCUAUUUUUUGCUGCUCAGAAAUCCCAGAGGAACUCACAGAGACGUGUCGAGCCGCGGUCUAGCUAAAAAUAAACAGGUUGAGAAACUCUGCAUUAGUUAAUGCUUCACAAGUGUUCAUAGGAAUGUCUGAGAUUUUAAAAGCCAUGACACGAGUGGUGGUGAUGAUGAUGAUGAUGAUGAUGAUGAUGUAAAAUAUUUUUGAAAAGGAAUUUCUGUGACAGUGUCAUCAUGUAGAGGUGAGACUGCAGACUGAGGUGCACGAUCUCAACAUUCAAACAAAUGAAUUCUGAUCACAUAUUUUCGAUCACACAGACGCUAUUAAUAACAAUGAUAUUACUACAUUGUUUUCUCUUCAGAAAAGACAUUAAUGAGGUUCACUCAGUCAUUUAGCGAUACAGUACAUGUGUUCCCUCGUGUGAUAACUUCCAGUCAUAAGCCAAAGUCUCAUCCCGACCGUGACAACUCAAAGCCCCAGUGCUGAAGACUUCACUUAAAAGAUAAAAUAAUAAACAUACGCAUUGACCCUCCACUGGGCUGAGAUCCUCCCUGAACCCUGCAGUCGGAGAGACUGCACCAUCAUUUCUUUUUCUUUUUUUAAAAGAAGUAUUUUUCACAUGGGUUCUCGCUGCAGUAUGCAACGUUUGUCAUUUGUUGGUGAGGCAUAGUCUGUAACCUAUGCAAGGUUAGUCGACAUUUCAUGUCCAUGAUCU